AUGGCUUCACUUCCCCCCGGUGAUAAAGACAAUGGGGGUCCCUCCAAGCUGCCAAAUUCUGGCCCCAAUGAGAAGGGUGACUCCGAUCUUCCGUCUGAUAAUGGUGUAGGAGAUGAACGCAAGAAAAGACGCUACGGCCUCAUCUGCCCUAGCCAUGCGAACCGUGAACCGGCGCCUGCUGCCCCUGGAGCCCACCCUUGUGAAACUCGUGCUCCUGCAACCCAGGGUGCAUACUGCACCGAUAGAGACUGCAGCUUCCAUCCAUUUGAUGGUAACAAGCCGGCCUGGGCGCAAGAGGAGAUUGCUUGGGAGGAAUGGGUACGACAGCACACUGCUGUGAGCUCUGCCCAAGCUCAACCCGACAACGCCGAGCCCGAAAAGGGCGAAGAUGAGGAGGCCCAGUCCGACAAGGAGCAGUAA